AUGGCGCCACUGGACACUUCGAUAUCGAAUGCUGGUUCUGUCGACAAAGCGAGUGCACUCGAGACGAAGAGUAUCGAUGCAGAUCUUGGGCACGACAUGGAGCGCAACUCACAAAGUCCACGUAUCUAUAAACGAUUCAGGCAAGUGCUUAGCAGUCCGAGAUGGACUGGUUUUGCUUGGUUGGAGUGGACCAACAUUGAGCCAAUCAAGCCAGAUGAGCAACAGCUCAAGCAUCCAUUUUCCAUCGCCCUCAUCUGGCUCAGUGUGAAUUUGAAUGUCUUAAGCUUCUCGACAGGUAUGCUUGCACCGCAAAUGGGCUUCGGAUUUCGCUACUUUUCCUACACAACGCUUGGUUUUCUUAUUGCCUGGGGCGUCUUCCCGGCAUGUUUCUCGAUUUUUGGGCAUAAGCUGGGACUGCGACAAAUGGUGCACUGCCGGUAUUCUUUUGGAUACGUCGGCGCCUCGAUAGUUGCACUACUUGCAACCAUUACAGGCAUCGGGUACACGAUUCUAAAUGGCAUUCUUGCCGGCGAAACAUUGCAGGCAGUGUCGCCCCAUGGCUCCAUGUCUGCGACGGUAGGUAUUGUAAUUGUGACCGUACUCGCGCUUCUUGUGUCGUUUUGUGGCAUACGCGUGCUGAACAUGAUAGACUGUGUGUUUUGGCUGCCAGUCUUAAUCAGCUUCGCCAUCAUGGCCGGCGAGGCCAAGUCAGGUCCAGCUGGCUUGCACACGGAUCCUAACGAGACACGGCCAACGUCGCAGUCAGUGUUAGCAUUGGGUUGCCUGCAUGCUGGCUACUACGUGACGUAUGCGUCGUUUUCGUCUGAUGUGAGCAUGUAUUACCAUCGAGACCGAUCUUCAUGGCUGCUGUUCGUUGCAGUAUUUGUGGCGUUGAUAUUUUCUGCGCCGCCGAUCAUGAUGCUUGGCGCCGCGUUCGCGACAUCCGCUGAUACAGUCCCUGCAUGGCGCGAGGCCAUAGCCUCGAACCCAUCGCCCGGUCCCAUCAUCCAUCUGGUCUUGUCGUCGCAUUUGGGCAAUUUUGGCAAAUUCCUCACUGUGCUAAUAGCGUUGUCCGCCAUGAGCAAUAUGAUGACCACGUUUUAUUCGAUGGGUUUGUGUAUCCAGACAGCCUUUCCGCCACUCAUGGUGCUGCCUAGAUUUGUCAUUCCCAUCUUUGCGAUGGCAAUUGUCUUGCCGAUAGCCAUUGUGGGGCAGAAUGAAUUUUAUACCGCGCUGACAAACUUUGUGAGCGUUAUUGCGUAUUGGGCAUGCUUGUUCAUCGGAGUCGUGUGUGCAGACUUUGUGGUUAUCCGCCGCUGUCGCAUGUCUUCGUACGAUCUGACAAUUUGGGAUGACUGGCGCAAAUUACCACCUGGCAUAGCAGCCAUCACAGCGAGUGUUCUCUCCCUGGGUCUGAUCAUCCCGUUCAUGGACCAGGCGUGGUUCACUGGUCCGCUGGGCCGCCAUGUUGGUGAUCUAGGCUUUGAGGUCGGACUUGGUCUAUCGUUUGUACUUUACUGUCUCUUACGGCCCAUUGAGCAAUGGCUUUGGCAUUAG